AUGGAUUCCAAAACACCUCAGAUCUCGCCGGCGUUAGAAACCCUACCAUUUGAAAUUCGACGUCAUAUUCUUUCGAUGGUGGAAAUCGACAGCCUUAAGACCCUCGUCCAAGCCUCUCCUGUUUACUUUCACCACUACCAACUAGAGUGCAAGCUCUUGCUAUGUCAAAGUCUGGAGUCGACAUUGGGUAGCGUGACUGCUGAUGCCUAUGCAGUUCACAAGUCUACUUCCAUGGAAUGUUCAAAAGGACGGGAUAGCAAAGGAAUUGAUGAUUUUCUGACAUCCUACCACAAAAUGAGGUCUCAAGCCUGGUCUUCACCUCUCCACAACAUUCUCAUCAUGGAAGAGGUCGAGACAAUGGUCAGAUUUCAUUGCUCGAUUGUUCAACCCUUGAUGCGAUGCUUUGUCAGAGAAGUAUUGACUAAUCUCACCGAGAAGACAAACGGGUCUCAGAUCGAAGAGACUCUGAGCACAACAGAAGAGACACGACUGAUGCGCGGGUUUUACCGAUUCCAACUCUGUUGCAACAUCUAUGGCCUCGAAUCGGCGGAAUCUAUCCCCUAUGUUCGCUGGAUCUCUAUCUCCCAACACAUUCUGGGAGACUUCUUGGGCAUCUUUGACCCUUGGGAGGCAGAAGAGAUAUCUUGCAUCAGUUAUUUCUGCGAAGAAAAGUGCGAGCAGAUCUUCAAUCAGAUCAAACAGGGCCUGGAUGAAGAGAACUCCGGAAUCGAUCGACUUGACAUUACCAGUCCAUCCAAGUUGACCAGGUAUCGUGGCCUCGAGCUGCUGCACUUGGUAUACCCCAUCAAAGACCAGGACCAGUUGGUUGUUACGAGGCAGUUGCCCCCACCCAUGCGUCCGGGCGGCGUUCUCAGUGAUCCCCACAGCGUCUUCGAACAACACUUACAAUGGCAUCGACACUGCGUUCACCCUGGGGAACGCGACCACCGACAGGAGCGCCGUGAGCCGCUCACUUUCCAAGGUGACAGGAAACCCGAUGGAAGUUGUGCGCUCCUCCCACCGCUGGCCUGGACGAUCAUAUGGGGUGGAAGUUACAGCAACCUCUUUGGGGAGUACAUCCCCGACGCUUUAUGUGAAUGGGGAUGGGUUAUGUGGGAUGCAGACCGACUAGAGCGAAUGGGUGCUUUGGGGGUGAUGAUACAGGAAUGGGAGGAGGAGCAUCAGAGUGACCCUAGGAAGGAUUACUGGUAA